AUGGAUGAUGAAUGUGCCAAUCCUCUGCUAUUGCAAUGGCUGAAGGAGUGGAUGGACGAGGCGCAAGAGCGCAACAGUAAAGGCUACACUGUCUACAAGAAAGCGUACUCUUCUAUGAAGGCGUGCCCUACCACUUUCGAACACCCUUCUCAAGCACAGCAACUGAACGGCCUUGGACCCAAGCUCUGCGAUCGGCUGACGGAUAAGCUCAAGAAGUACAAUGCCGAGCAUGGCCUCCCAAUGCCAGAGAAGGCACAAAAAACGCAGAAGGAGAAGCGACCGGCGUUGGGGCCCGGUGUCGAUCCAGACAGAGCCCCAAAGAAGCGGAAGACGCAGCUCUACAUUCCCAAGCAACGAUCCGGAGCAUAUGCAUUGAUUCUAGCUUUGGCAACGCUGAACCCCGAGAGCAACCUUGCGCUGAGCAAGGCUGAGCUGAUAGAGCUUGCUCAACCACAUUGCGACUCUUCCUUCUCUGUCGGCAGCGACACUACUAAGCACUAUACCGCUUGGAGCUCGAUGAAGACACUGGAGAACAAGGAGCUUGUUUGUACCAAAGGUCAUCCAACAAAGCGAUACUACCUGUCGGACGAAGGAUGGGAGGUGGCUCUGGCCUGUAGGAAGAUCAUCGAAGGCGACGACAUCACUGACAAGCAACACAAGAAAUACAGUGCCAAACCCGCCAAACCUCCAGAAGAACCCUUCCUUACUAAACAACAAACGAUGGCUACCUCUAGAGUUGAUGCUUUGGAUAUCAUAGACCUUUCAAGUGAGCCAGAACAUACGGAGUCGGUAUCUAAAGGACGAAUUCAUCGCGUCUUCUCGUAUUCAGGCGUCAUCUCUCUACCUUCGGAUGAAGAUACUAUCACCCUACCGAGUGGUAGCUUCGAUAUUAGGUUGGUCCUAGACACCCGAGAGGUCCGGUCAAAGACCGAUCGUGACUACAUUUCGGAAGAGCUCAAAAAGCAAGGUGUACAGUCGAUCUCAAGAGCUCUUCCUUUGGGAGACAUUCUCUGGGUUGCGAAAGUCAAAGACGAAUUCGCUGGCCAGCUGCAAGCUGUCAACCGAGAUGAUGAAGAUGAGCACAGUACUGAAAUUGUGCUGGACUACAUCGUCGAACGGAAGCGGCUUGACGACCUGAUAUCAAGUAUCAAAGAUGGCAGAUUCCACGAACAGAAGUUUCGCCUGCGCAAGUCAGGUGUUCAAAAUGUCACGUACCUGGUGGAGGCUUUCUCGAUAUCAGCUGAACGAGGCGAGACAUACGGCCAGUCAGUCGAGACGGCUAUAACUUCGACGCAAGUCAUCAAUGACAUAUUUGUCAAAUCAACGAAAACGUUGGAUGAGACUAUCAGAUAUCUUGCCCGAAUGACUCGGACGCUGCAAGACCUUUAUAAGACGAAAGAAAUCCGGAUUGUCCGCUCCAACCGCAUAGUCGCUGAGACCUAUCUCGGGAUGAUGGACCAGUUGAGGCAGAAACACGUCCACUCCACGAUAGGCGUCACGUUACCAGCUUUCGAAGCAUUAUGCGACAAGAGUCAAGCUAUGACGCUCCGGGAUGUCUACCUGAAGAUGUUGCUUUGCAUACGCGGCAUCACGGCAGACCGAGCGAUCGAGAUCCAAAAGCUGUGGCCUACACCUAUCGCCCUCAUUGAAGCAUAUGAGGCAUGCUGUACCAAUAAAGCUCGUGACAGCAUGAUCAGCGAUCGCCUAAGCACUUCCAUUCCUCGAAAGAGGAUUGCCAAAGGUCUGAGCGCAAAGGUGGCCGCUACUUGGUAUGGGGAGGAUGGUUGA